UGUGUGGCGCUGUCAUUCCUCCACCCUGUUGCCUCCGUCUCAAAACCCGUCUGAACCUUCCCUCCCAGUCUCCCAGUAUUAUUCAAGUGUUCUGCGACUGCGGAGGGUAUAGCCCUGGUCCUCAUGCUCACGAAUGGUUUCGAUCAGAGUUAUCUUAUUGGCGACAAGGGAGCGUUCGGGGAAGUGUAUUGGGGUUCGCUGGGAGGAACUCAGGUGGCAAUCAAGGUAAUGCACGGGGAGCUGACGGCUGUGAAGCGCAGGCAGUUCGUCAUUGAGGUAAAUACUCUCAGCCGUGUUCACCACGCCAACCUCAUCCAGCUCAUCGGAUACUGCGACGAGGGGAAACGGUGCAUCCUGGUCUACCCUUAUUUCGCAGGCGGGAGCUUGCACUCACGAUUACACAAGAGGGUGGGUGUGCGCGGAGCAGCGCCCCCGCCGCCGCUGACGGUGUCACAGCGAAUGUCGAUCAUUUUGCAGAUCGCAGAAGGGCUUCGGUAUUUGCAUUGCGGCGCCAAUCCGAGAGUCAUUCAUCGGGACGUGAAGAGCAGCAACGUCCUCCUCAGCGAUGGUGGUGACGGCAGCUUGCAAGUCGUGCUCGCUGAUUUCGGCACGGCAGCCAUCGCCCAGAACGUCUUCGAGACGGGGCACGAGAGCAUGGUGAAGACGUGUCAGCUGGCGGGGACACGUGGCUACAUCGCACCCGAGUACGUGCUGAGAGGGCGGCUGACGGCCAAGAACGACAUGUUCGCUUUCGGAGUCGUCGUGUUGGAGUUGAUGACCGGAAAACCGGCGAUUCUGCGCCAAUCCCUGGUUGAUGACGACUUUCAAGCGCUCGCGGAAUGGGUAAGAGGAUUUUCCCAGCGUCCAAACAUGUAUGCCAUUCUCGGCACGAUCGUCGACCCGUGCUUGAGGAGUGUAGUGGAGACGAACGUCGUCGUCAGGAAUAUGGUGAUGGAUGUGGUUAAUCUCGGGAUGGCCUGCUCCCAAGAGGAAGACGAGCAAAGGCCGAUCAUGAGCUCGGUGUGCGACAGGCUUACGGUUAUCCUGUCGGAAGCAAAAGGGCGGGGUAUAUAAGAGUGACGUCGUCCAUGGCAGAGUGGACGAGUAUCUGGAAAUGGCGGCGAGGUUGCCAGUCGGCGAAAGCUGGGGGCGGGAGGGAAGGGAGGGAGGGGGUGGGGAGCUGGGGUGGAGAGGCGGCCGGAUUGCGAACGACGGAGAAGGAUGAGCUUAGAAAUUCUCGAGGCCUUAAUCCUGGACAGAGUGCCUACUCCAGAGUUGUCAAAUCACUCGACAGACGAUACUCAAGUAUAGUGAGGGAAGACUGAUGAUGUCGUUCGUUAUCAAUCAAGGCGCACAAAGAUG